AGAAGCUGUAGCAGAGCACCCGUAUGCGCACGGCGUCUUCAUAUGAUACCAGAACCGUGUCGCUACGGUUGAUAGAUACGCUGGUCCUUCCGUCUGCAGCUGCACUCUUGAUUUAUGGUGAUCUUCUGAUCACAAAUACUUUACAUUUGCUACGAGCUGACCGGUUCGCACGAAAACCAGGAGUUACCGUUUAAUAGAAAAGGAAAUCCGAAGGACGAAGCGUUUACACUUAGCUAAGGUGUUCUUCAUCUCCAGCGCUUCCCACUAUACGGACACCAGCGCAAAAGAGCAGCAGAUCCUCAUCCACACGACUGCAUAUCAACAUAACGGAGCCGCUGAGGUUUAAAUCUUAAGGAGAUGGGACUUGGGCUUCUGCCCAAAGGAGAACGUUUCCAACUCUGCCCCUAUAGCUGUGACUGGUUUGCCGUGAGGCCCCGUACCCCCCUCUAAUGUUUCAGACACUCCAGAUGUCUUGGUGUGGCCACCUGAUACCUGACCUGGGGUCAGAUAGCCAGAUGCACUGAACCCGCCGGCCCUGUCCUAAAAAACCUGCUGAGAUCUCUCUAUAGCCCGGUCCAGAACUGUGCAGUCAUGUUCAGGAACAGUCUGAAGAUGCUGCUUGGCGGCAAAUCCAACCGCAAGAAUCGAAACAGUGGCAGUGACUCUGUGGAGGGCGAGUGUGUGUUUGAGGGGGAUUACGCUGUCCCUCCUCUUCCGGUGACCGAGGGCAUGCAGCACAUUCGGAUCAUGGAGGGUGUGUCGCGCUCUCUCCCCUCGUCUCCUCUGCUGUCCCACCAGGCCCUCAACAUGCGUCUCCAGCCGCUCAAGAGACUACCAGGGGAAGAAAGCCAGGAUCUGGGUCCUCCUCCGUCUGUAGACGAGGCCGCCAACACACUGAUGACGCGACUGGGGUUCCUGCUCGGGGACAAAGUGAACGAAGGGCCUGGUGGAGCACAGUACAGCAUGGAGGAACAAGAUGACCCUCAGGGCAUCUCCAUGACCCAGAGGAUCAGCCCAUGCUCCAGCUUAGCUAGCAGCACAGCGUCGCCCCCUCCUGGCAGCCCCUGCUCCACGUUACCCGCUGGAGCCCCGGGUAACAUGGGCACCAGAGACUGUGCUUACGGAUCCAUCACGAGUCCCACCUCCACCCUGGAGAGCCGAGACAGUGGCAUUAUAGCAACGCUCACGAGUUACUCAGAGAAUGCCGAGCAUGGAGGAAAACACAGUGAGGGCUCACGGGGCAGCCUCAAACUCUGGCAGGCGCAGAAGUCAAUGGGUGCAGACUCCUUUCUUUAUCGGGUGGAUGAAAACAUGGCCGCUUCCACAUACAGCCUCAACAAAAUCCCAGAGAGGAGUCUGGAGCAUUCCGUCUCUCACUCCGCCCACUCCAUCCCCCUCUACCUCAUGCCCCGCCCCAACUCUGUGGCCGCCACUAGUUCAGCUCACCUGGAGGAUCUUGCGUAUCUGGAUGAGCAGAGACAGGCUCCACUGCGCACGUCUUUGCGUUUGCCACGACAAAACUCCAGUUCCAGCCGCUCUGGACAAGCUGACAUGAGAGAUCGAUGUAUUGACUUCCUAUUAGCAUUAGCUCUGGCUCAUCUGUCAGAGCUCAGCGUGCUGUCUAAAGCUCACAGUCAAGGCUCCACACAUCCUAAAUCAUGCCCGGCUGGGAGCGAGCCUUGGAGGUCUGGGUUUCAGAUUCAGUCAGAACUCCAAUAG